UGAGAGGGUUUCUAGAGGAGGGGUGGUGAAAUCUGAAAUCACCAUGGAACCAGCGAUCAGUGAUUUUUAAUGAGACACAUGCAUGUGAUGUGCAACAGGAACUGGACACCUGGAGAUUUUCAAACGCCAUACGACGAGUUGCCUGGAUCUUUACCUGUCUAGACAGAGAGGACGUAUAUGGACUGUACGAUACAUCCAAACAUGAAGAGAUCUGAGAAGCAAAUGGAGGAAGCUGUGAGUGAAUAAUGGCCGACAAGACUGUUCCCAUGCUCGCCUCACCGCCAAACCAAUCCAUUCCAAAUCUCACCACCGCCCUAUGGGAGCUCAAUCCCACCGUGCCUGCCAAUGUGAAUGUCGUCACAAGCUCCCAGUCACAGAUCAAAGACCUUUUCGGGUUGCUCUGCAUGGUGACCCUUAACCUCAUCGCCUUGUUGGCCAACACCGGUGUGAUGGUGGCCAUCGCUCGAGCGCCUCAUGUGAAGAGGUUUGCGUUUGUGUGUCACCUGUGCGCGGUGGACCUGGUGUGUGCCAUCCUCCUCAUGCCUCUGGGGAUCAUAUCCAGCUCGCCGCUCUUUGGCACUGUGGUGUUCACUGUUCUCGAGUGUCAGGUUUACAUCUUUCUUAACGUCUUCCUCAUCUGCAUGUCCAUUCUCACCAUCACAGCCAUCAGCGUGGAGCGCUACUUCUAUAUCGUGCACCCGAUGCGCUACGAAGUCAAGAUGACCAUCAACCUCGCUGUUGGUGUGAUGCUCCUCAUUUGGUUCAAGUCUCUUCUCGUGGCUCUGGUGACGCUGUUCGGAUGGCCGGCUUAUGGACACCAGAGCUCCAUCGCGGCGGCUCAUUGUUCUCUACACGCAAGCCACAGUCGUCUAAGAAGCGUAUUUGCUGUGCUCUUCAUUAUGGUUUGUUUCCUGGUUCCUGUAGCGGUUAUCUUCGCUGUUUAUUGUGCCGUCUACAAAGUAGCACGCACUGCAGCCCUGCAGCAAGUCCCCGCUGUGCCAACAUGGGCAAAUACGACCCCUGCUAAGGAUCGCUCAGACUCCAUCAACAGCCAGACCACCAUGAUCUCCACCGCCCGCUGUCUGCCCCAAAGACUAUCUCCAGAGAGGGCCUUCAGCGGAGGCAAGGCUGCACUUACUUUGGUGUUCAUCGUGGGCCAGUUUUUGGUCUGUUGGUUACCCUUCUUUAUCUUCCACCUACAAAUGUCCAUGACUGGCUCCAUGCAUAGCCCUGGGGACUUGGAGGAGGCUGUCACCUGGCUGGCUUACUCCUCUUUCGCGGUGAAUCCGUUCUUCUACGGCAUGUUGAACAGACAGAUCCGAGAGGAGCUGGUGAAGUUUCGACGCUGCUGCUUGACCCAGCCUGUGGAGUUUGGGGCAUCCAGCCAUGAGGGCUCCCUUCAGGAGAACUUCCUGCAGUUCAUUCACAGAACUAGCAGCACGCCUGAAACCCACUCCAGCUGUGCCAACUCCAGCCCCAGAAACACCUUAGGCCAGAAGAUAAAUAUUCCUGGACAAAUACCAAAGGAAAAUCCUUAAGCACUGACCAACACGAGCUAUGGACUGUGAUGCUAACACAUUAUGCCAAGUCACUUUUAUUUAAGGAUAUAUAUCGGCAUUUCACUCCUCUACUAACAAGCCUUUGAAAGGAUUAUUAGCCUCCUUCACAGUUCGUCUGUUCCCUGUCGGUAGUGAACUUAUAUGGAUUUCUUUCCCCAUCACUUAUACAUUGAAAUUGCCUGAAGAAGUGGCCUUUAUUGACAAGAAGAACCAUUACUGUGACCAAUAAUCUGUACAUGUCAGUGUGGUUUUAAUACAGACCUAAAAAACAUUGCCUUUAAUUACAUUCUGCACACCCAGUGCCGUUUACUGUUCAAUAGUAAUAAAAGUGUGUCGUUUAGCAAUGUAUUUAUUUGAAUUAGUUUAUUUAAUAGAGGCACAAAUACAAUAACAUUGUGAACUGCACAGCAAUUGUGAGAUGUGAUGUAUGUACAGCAAUUUGUAUUAUUGUUUUUGUAUAAAUGUUUUAUAAAUGUGUAAAUCUGGAGUUUACUAAAAUAACAAAGACAAAUGAUAUUGUAUAUUUGGGACGUGAUGUAAUGUGAGUGAUGCACUGUCAUCACCGUUUCUCCAGUUUUUCUUUUAGUAGGAGGAGCCAUCAUCCAGCCAGGUUUGGUAAAGCUGAAUUGUGAGUAAAAAAUGACAAGCUUUGUGGAAACUGCAGUGACUGUCAUCAAUGGCCUCAAGAAACACAAAACCAAACUUUUGCAAAGCUCAUUUAUUGCAUUUACACAAGUGAUGAUAAAUGCUGCUUUUUGGAGUGGUGCUGCCAACAAAGUCUAAAAAUAUUUUAAACCCUUUACCAGGCACUCAUUGAAAUACUUGGAAAUUAAAAAUGGGAUUGGAUUAUUGAAGGACAUUUUCAAAAUGUGUUAUUUUCAUGUAGAAAAUCAAGGUCUGUGAAGGGACCACACCGCACCGUGUUAGCUUAGCGUUUCAUCAUACAGCAGUUGUACAGCCCAUUGAUUUUUCUUUAUAGUCCCUUUAGCCUUGAGCUACUAAACUCUUCCUCUGGCAGCUUGUCCCACAGUACAGAGCCACUACACAACUCUAACUGUGCAUGCCGUUUAUGCUUUCUGAGCCUGCAGGUGCCAAAAAACUCUCGGCUAACAUUUAUAGAUAUAUUUUGUAUAUUUAAUUUAUAACAGCUCCUGCAGCAGUCAUAGGUUAUCAUUUACCCAGUUACCUGCUAAACUACGUCUCUUAAUAGACAGAGCCAAAGAGCUUUGCAGUGUAGCCAUAACUCUGAGGUUUGUUGCUUUAUUAGCUUUAUGAGCUUUAUGAAUCCUUGCCCCUCUAUGAUAAAAACAAAUCUGAAAAGAGUAUAUAAUAGAACAUACAAGAAAAACACAUAUAAAAUGAAAGGAAAAUUAUGUCAGAACAUUUUAGAACAGUGUUUCCUGGUCCCCUGUCCUGGAGAAGAACUGAGCCAUAUGACCAUUUUUUUUGAACAUUUGGAACUGUUUUGAAUGUCUGUGGAAGUUACUACAUAUACUGUAGUUCUUUGCCCAGUAAAGAGUUAAAAGAAAUGACAGGUUUCAAUAUGGAAAUCAUUUCAUAGUACAGUAAAGUAAUAUUAUAGAUGUACCAUCCUAUUUCUAGUGAAAUUUUCAGCUUGGUAUAACAAUACAAAUAUAAUACUAGAAAAUUCUGCGGCAACAUUUUGACCUUGCCUGCUGUUCUUUCUGUUGUCGUCGGGUGCAGGACUUGUGCUGGUAAUGGAGGAACAUUUGGGUGGAUUGAACCUUUAAAACUUGAAGUAUUUCGACAAAGUGGUAUUUUGGUGGAAUCAGCCUUUAAAACUUGGGGAGAGAGAGAGAGAGAGAGAGAGAGACAAGUUUCUAACACCUUUUUUGAUAAUUUCCCAGUCAUGUGUAUGUGGAAAUUAUUUGCAGUUUUUCGCUAUUUUUCCUGAUCAAACCGCAAGUUUUGACAAAAGAUGUGUGGGGGUUUUCUCAAAACUGUGGGAUGAGUUACGCGGCAAACUUUUAAGAAUAAACGCACAGUAGAAUAACAAGAUUGUGCUUGCGCUGCAAUGCGUUCUCACUUGAAUGCCUCGCAGCAGCAGGCAAUAUGACUUUUUUGUCAAAUUUUGGACGACAUACUAAAGUAUGACUUUUUGGUCAAAAUUUGGACGACAAGCUAUGAAAGACUUUUUGUCAAAACUUGGACCACAUACUAACCAAUGACUUUUUUGUCAAAAUUUGGACAACAUGCCUACCUAUGACUUUUUUGUCAAAUUUUGGGCGACAUACUAUAGUAUUGUAGUGAAUGGACU